CUUUGAACAGUAAAAGCCAUAGCACUUUUGAUUUACAGAAGGCCCAUGUCUCGUUCCAUUUCAAUCAAAACUGCUCCACCAUGACUCUCACAAUCAACACUUCCUCCAUCUUCUGCAUGACUUAUCCAAACUUUUAAAUUUCCACGCACCAACCUCUCAAUCAUAUUGUAUAAAUGCCCCCAAACUACCCUCUAAACACAACCAAUCAUUCUAUAGUCCAUUUUGUACAACUUUCCCAUUCUGCAAAGCCUCAACCUCCAAAAAACUUUUCCCAUAACACAAUCUGUGAACAGGGAAAGCUCAUAGAUUUACUCUGAUCUAUUUUGUUCAUGGAGGAUCAGCCAUCAUCAUCAUCAUCAUCAUCAUCAAAAUCAAAAACUGCUGCUUUGGAUCAACCCCUUCACUUAAUGGGGUUUGAAAUUGAAGUAUUAUCACCACAAAAAGUCUCUGGCCGGCUCCCUGUAACCCAGAAGUGCUGCCAGCCAUUUAAGGUGCUUCAUGGAGGGGUUUCAGCAUUGAUAGCAGAGUCUUUGGCAAGCAUGGGAGCACACAUGGCUUCAGGGUAUAAAAGAGUGGCUGGAAUUCAACUCAGCAUCAACCAUUUGAAACGAGCUGAGAUGGGUGAUUUGGUGCACGCAGAAGCUAAACCUUUAAAUGUUGGCAAAACAAUUCAGGUAUGGGAGGUGCUACUAUGGAAGAUUGAUCCUUCAGACUCACAAAGAAGAUCCUUGGUCUCAUCUUCUAGAGUAACUCUAGUAACCAAUAUGCCUGUCCCAGUUAAUGCAAAAGAUGCUGCCGAUCCAUUAAAGAAGUUUGCAAAACUGUAAACAUAUCCAUGACAUUGUUUAUUAGUGAAAUUCAAAAUCUGCUUGAAUACCAAAGGUCUAAAUGUUUACGUA